AUGCCACCUAAAAACUCAAAAGCUGCUGCUGCUUUGGAAAAGAAAGCUGUCGCUCAAGCUGGAAAAAAUGCCCAAAAGCAGGCUAAUAUAGAAGCUAUAGAGGCACAGAGCUGGAAGACUGGAGCAAAGGAUUCUACUUCCAAAAUGACUGAAGAAGCCAAGCGACAAGAAGCAUUGGCAAAAAAGGCUGAGAGACAGGCAAUUCUUGAUGCAGAAGAAGCCGCCAUCUCAUUCAAGCCCAAAAAAGGGGAUGCUAAAAAACCACCUGCAAGGACUGGAAAUUUAGAUGCCUUUCUUGGUACUACUCCAGAUGUGGAUUCUUAUGCUGCAUCUGGCAUCGACAAUGCCAUGGAAUUGCUCAAUCUAGCCAGUAAGAGUGGCUCGGCUUCAAACAACGACAAGGUCGAACGUCAUGCUGAAAAGCGAGUAAAAUCUGCCUAUGCUGUAUUUGAAGAACGUGAACUUCCUAUUAUCAAGGCCGAAAAUCCUACUCUAAGAUUAAGCCAAAUCAAACAGGCGCUUCAAAAAAAGUGGAAGAAAUCACCCGAGAAUCCACUAAACCAAGCACAUAUUUCCUUUGAUGCCACUAGAGAGGAAGAAAAGAAUACAGUUUCGGCCAAUCGUGAAAAGGCACUUUCUCAAUUCCAAAAUAAAUAA